UAAUCCAGUUUGUUCUCAUGUAGACACAAUGGUAAUUUCGCCAACCAAGAGAGCAUCUGGUUUUGACUUUAACUAGCGGCUACUUUCUCUUAGUAUUAUAUAACAAGACCCAUCAGAUUCUCAUCUUCUUCAUCAACAAUUUUCACAAACACAAAUUCACAAUCAACAAAACAAAGAGUUUCUCUGAAUUUGUUUCCAAUCAAAAGAUGAGUUCAACGAGCAAAGCAUGGUUAGUGGCUGCAAGCAUCGGAGCCGUUGAAGCGUCCAAGGACCAAUUAGGCAUGUGUCGCUGGAACUACUUGAUCCGAUCAGUGAAUCAACGUAUCCGUAACAACGUGAGAUCCGCUUCUCAGGCCAACAGAUUCUCUUCUUCAACCGUCGUCGCGUCCGUUAAGGACGAUAACAAGGCAAAGCAGGCUGAGGAGUCACUUAGGACUGUCAUGUACUUGAGCUGUUGGGUUCCUAACUAAUGGAUACAUGCAUGAUCGACCUUAACUAAUUGUUUUUGGGAUGCAUUUGUAGUAUAAUGAUGAUACUUCGUACAUGAUGUAUAUAGAUAAUGAAUUUUGGGAUGCAAUAAAAAAUUUUGUUG